AUGGCUCGCAAAGCUGCACAGAAAGCCCCAGCGGCCUCUCCCCUUGAUGGAUGUUCCGUCGCGGCAUCUGGCCGCUUCCCCGGUGGAGAAACUCAAUCGACACUAAAGGCGCGUCUAACGUCACUCGGCGCUACAUUCGCGUCCAGCGUAUCAGCGGACACGACGCAUCUCAUCGCAACAGAGAAGGAUUUCGAGAGUAAUUCUACAAAAGUACAAGCUGCAGUUGCUCAUGACGUGCCUGUUGUCACACUCGAAUGGCUCAAUGAAUGCGAGGCGACAGGCAAGUUUCAAAUACUUUCUUUUUCCAAAUCGUCAUAUACACUUCGAGAUACCAUGACGAUCUUCAAGUUGACAUCGGAGACAGAUUCCAAGGUCAAUGAGUCGCAGUAUUUGCUGUCUGAUUCGGCCGCGCCAGCGCCAGCUCCUGCUCAAAACGGGUCGAAGAAGCGUGCGGCGUCAUCUGCCUCACCACCAGCAGCUGCACCAACGGAAGUCAAGAAGCCAAAGAUUAAGGAGAACGCGAAAGUCGGCGAUGGUCAAAAUGCCAAAUCAAAGCAGAUCGACAUCCCUGUAGAUGAAUUCUGCCCUCUAGCCCACUAUCGAGUCUAUAUCGAUGACAACGAUGGCACGAUCUACGAUGCGUCACUGAAUCAGACAAACUCAUCCGCCAACAACAACAAGUUCUACAGAGCUCAGCUUCUCACCAAUGGUUCUGACUUCCAAACCUGGACACGCUGGGGGCGUGUCGGUGAUCGUGGUCAAGUGAAGAUGCUUGGCGACGGGAGUUUCGCCACUGCCAUGAAGGAGUUUGAGAAGAAGUUCAAGGACAAAUCAGGUCUCAGGUGGGCGGACCGUGGCGAAGAGCCGAAAGCUGGCAAGUACGCUUACGUAGAGCGCUCGUACAAUCCUGAAUCGGACGACGAUGUCGACGACGACGAUGCUGGCACUGGCGCUGAUGUCGAAGAUACCAAGGACAGCGUCACGCCUGCUGAGAGCACCUUAUCCCCGCCUGUCCAGGAUCUCAUGGAGCUCAUAUUCAACCAGGACUACUUUAACGCAACCAUGUCUGCGCUCAACUAUGAUGCCAACAAGCUUCCACUGGGCAAGCUGAGCAAAGGUACUAUCGCUCGUGGUUUUCAAGCGCUGAAAGACCUCUCGGUAUUAAUCGACAACAACGAUGCCACGUCUAGGGAAGAGGUGGAACGACUGUCAAACCAGUACUUUUCCAUCAUCCCCCAUGCCUUCGGUCGUAAUCGUCCACCAAUCAUUCGGGAUAUCAAUCUGCUUAAGAGGGAGAUUGAGCUACUCGAGAGUCUGUCGGAUAUGAAGGAGACGGCUGCUAUGCUCAAGGACCAAUUGAGGGACAAGAGUGAUGUCAACAAGCUUGAUAAGCAAUUCCAAGGGCUGGGUAUGAACGAGAUGUCGCCUCUCGAUCACAAGAGCCGCGAGUUUGUCGAAAUCGACGAGUACCUCAACAACUCGAAGGGCAAGACGCACAAUGUUAGCUACAAAGUCCAGGAGAUUUUCCGGAUUGAACGUCAAGGAGAAUUCGAACGUUUCGACAAGAGUAAGUACUCGAAGAUCGCCAGUAACCGUCGUUUGCUCUGGCACGGAUCUCGUGUCACCAACUAUGGUGGUAUUCUGGGCCAAGGUCUCAGAAUUGCGCCACCCGAAGCUCCUGCCACCGGAUAUAUGUUCGGUAAGGGUAUCUACCUGGCCGAUAUGUCUUCCAAAUCCGCCAAUUAUUGCAAUGCGUACAACUCCGGGGGUACUGCCUUGCUUCUUCUCUGCGAAGCUGAACUUGGCAACCCGAUGCAUGAGCUCACCGACUCAUCGUACACUGCUGGAGAGGAUGCAAUCAAGAAAGGCAUGUACAGCACGUUCGGUAUGGGGCAGACCGGUCCAAGCAAGUGGAAGGAUGCCGGUUGCAUGAAUCCAGCCUUGAAGGGUUGUAUGAUGCCUGACGUAUCGACUCCGCCUGGUCCUACGAACGUACCCAAUGCUUAUUUGCAGUACAAUGAAUACAUCACCUACGAUGUCGCACAGGUCAAACUCCGUUACCUGCUCCGCGUCCAGAUGUAG